UUUAUGUCCUUUUUCUCCGCUUAGACAAUAAGUGUCUAGUUGAGUUAUUUUCAUGGUGGAUGGGUCGCAGGACGAUAGAUCCUUGUCCCAAAAACUUUAUUGUUAUUGUAUUGUAGAAUGUGGAAAUAUCCUUAGAUAGAAAUGUCGAUUUAAGUAAUUAUUCUGAUGACAGAAAAUAUAAAGAACUCCAGAAAAAUGAACUUUGCGACAAAUUCAGCAAGAUGUUGUGCUGAUGAGAACAAUGUCAGUGCGGAUUUGGAUUCGGAGCAUCUUCACAAUUGCACUUUCCCUAAUGGUAGUGAUGAUCCUGGCGAGCCCUGAGCAAGCGACAGGAUAUCCGAAUUACAGCUAUCCCUGGAAAUGGAAUCAAUACCACAAACAAGAAAUAGAGAAGGCCCAGCACCAACAGGAGCAGAUAAAGGCCAGGUCAAUGGUGUUGGGAAAUAAUGAGGAUCCUGAGGCUCUCUUCAGUAAGCUGGACGACAUGGAACGAAAGAGCGACAAGGAUCGGAUGACGGAUAAGAUCAUGAAUCUCGAUUUUGAAAAGAGCAACUGCCAGAUGAGUGGUUUUCAGGUGGCACCCAAACUCUCACCCGCCCAGUUGUACAGGGAGAACUUCUCGCACUAUGGGAGCGACAGUGACCACGGUGAGAUGGAGCUGGAUGAUACCUUUGCCAGCAUAUCCCACAACAGUUUCAAUUCCCGACCCGGCGAUGCGCUGAAGGCGUUUGAUUCCACCGACCAGGAAGUUCAGAGAAUCCUUCAGUACAGCAGAGACGUCAAUGUGGAGACCAAGCCCUCGAUGGCCAAGGCCAGUCUCCUGGCCAAGGUGGUCAGCAGCAAGGGUGACCAGCCCAUCAAGCGGCAGCCAACUAUUAAUUUCCUUUGCAACCAGAAGACCACCAUCCCAACACGGCCUACGACUACCAAAAAGCCAACUACCCGCCCAACGACCACCACAAAAACAACUCGGACACCUUUCACUACCUUCUGCGUGCCCGACCCAACGCCAUCUACGACCAGUAGACCACCUGCGCCGCCUCCUCCGCCGCCUCCUCCGCCUCCUCCGCCGCCAUCGCCAAAGCCCGCUCCCAAGGCCAAAUGUGGAAACAGUCGCAAUAAGCUCGGAAAACUUAAUGCAUCCACGGCCAAGAUGAUGUUGGAAACUAUACUGGAAACGAAACAGCACGCACUCGCGGUUCUGAAGAAUCUCAACUACAUGGAGAUGGAGAUUCUCAGCCAGUCACCCGAAAGUUGCACAAAGCCCAAGCCCAAGUGCGACAGCAGGCAGAGAGGAAGGGUCAUGUCCACUAAAUAUGGCCAGAAAAUGGAAGCUCUUAAAAAGCCCCCAGCGACCUUCAGCCAAUCUGGCGCAAGUAGAGAAUUCCCAGGUUUCUCCUUUGGAAUACGACCCAUAAGCGCAGCAGAAAGUCCCACAAACUUGGCCCUAGCCAGAGAGGAGGAGCUUAAAUUGGAGGAGCGGGUGUGGAAUGAGCACCUGAGUCUGAUGCGGGCAAGGCGUCCGUGGAAGCCCAAGAGGGACAGGGUAGAGGCUGCACCGCCCCAAGCCGUUCAUCUGGAGCCCUUGCCCAAUCAACAGGCGCUCCCGGACGAGUUCGACCUUGAAGAGCCAGAAGAAAAAUCAAAUCCAGUGGCUUUAAGAGUUAUACCAAUGAUGCCAAUGGCAGCGGAGGUACCAGAUAGGAGUCAGCUACCCCAGGACCCACACGGCAACGGUCGUGCAAAAAUCAAUGUGCAGACCCUGAGUGUGAUUGUAAAACCAGUGGCAACCGCACAACCCAGUGAAGAAUCUUUCCCGCCAGCCUCUGAUCCUUGGGGCUCACCUGCUGCGCCCUCUGAUCCUUGGGGCUCGCCGGCUGCGCCCCAAGUGGAAGUGCAGAGUCCUUUGCGAAACGAGUGGGAACCAAGAAAACAUAGAAAAAAGAAACGAAGAAGAAAGAAGAAAAAACAUAUAUGACUAUAUGAGAAACAGAACCUCGGAAAUUAUGAAGAACCACUCUCUGGAUUUUUGUAUUAGCCUUAGCGCUUUUGGUUUAAAUAAAAUUAUAUUUUUCAUAAAACG